ACUAGAGUGUGCCAUGCCUACGGUUUUCAACAGAAACCCAACGAUCAGCUAAUAAAUGGAACUGCUAGUUGCUAGCGAGGCCAUCAAUACGCAUUUUGUUUUCUGUUUAUUUAACUAGCGGCUGUGUUUUCAUGGGAAAUGUAUUAGCAAGCUAACGUCAGAUAGCGCGAUAACUGCGCCAAAAAUGAUGCGAGAUUCAAUCGAAUGCUGCACUGCUAGCUAGUCAGCCAAAUCUGACUGGGGAAUGGUCAUUGCUCAGUUUGCCAGCAUCACAUCUCUGACACAUCACGAAGCCGUUCAGCUAUCGAGACAUAACGCUGGAAACUAGCUAGCGUUUAGUUGGAUAGAAAAAGGAGGACGAGCAUUUGCUGGGAAGUGGUGACUGUGCCAUUGCAAGACUGGCCAUAUGGAUGCAUUGCCUUUGUGUGCAUUUUAUUGACAAUUGUGGCUUGGCUCUAGCUAGGGGGCGGACGGCGCUGAGAAGGCGGACAGUUGGCUACGUUAGCUAACUAGCUUGUUGGAUGUCGCGACAGUGCAGUUAGCCCCGUUCGUUGUGUCAGGCCAAGGACCAGGGGACGCACGAACCCAAGUCAGUGAACAGGGGGUAUCGCAAUCAAGGCGGGUAAUAGGGAUAGUUAGCUAGCUAGCUAGUUGUCCAACUAGCUAGCUAACGUGAGAAAUCUAAACAAGGCUUGAAGCGCGCAUCAACGGAGAGGCCCUCAACACACCCCCUCGCACCGACACUGCCCCCUCUUCGCCGAUCCUCCCGUGAUUUGCUGAGAUCUGUACACGGGUGAAGUCGGACAGUUCUCGGUUGGGGACAACUUGACAGCGAGGCCCCUAGCUCCCCUCCCCCAUCCAAGACCCCUCAGUCCACCUCCUCGCCAGACAUUAGAAGCGAGGAUCGGGAUAUUAGAUACCUAACUAAAGUUAACCCAACCAGCUAGUCCAUUCUAACCCGCGGGCUGCCAAAACCAGGAGGGAUGACUUUGGAGUCGAUGAUGGCUUGCUGCCUGAGCGAAGAGGCGAAGGAAUCGAAACGAAUCAAUGCGGAGAUAGACAAACAACUCCGGCGAGACAAGCGGGACUCGAGGAGAGAACUGAAAUUGCUCCUUCUCGGUACAGGAGAGAGUGGGAAGAGUACAUUCAUCAAGCAGAUGAGGAUCAUCCACGGGGCGGGCUACACAGAGGAGGACAAGAGGGGUUUCAUCAGGCUGGUGUACCAGAACAUCUUCACCUCCAUGCAGUCUAUGAUCAAAGCCACAGAGAACCUCAAGAUCCCCUUCAAAUACGAACAGAAUCGGUCUAAUGCCAUGUUAGUGAAGGAGGUGGACAUAGAGAAGAUCUGUGGUUUCGACCAGCCCUACAUCAGCGCCAUCAAGACCCUGUGGGCCGACCCUGGGAUACAGGAGGCCUACGACAGACGCAGGGAAUACCAGCUAUCAGACUCCACUAAAUAUUACCUUAGUGAUAUAGACCGCGUCACCGCGGAGGGAUAUGUUCCUACUCAGCAGGAUGUGCUUCGUGUCCGGGUCCCCACCACGGGAAUCAUAGAGUACCCGUUUGACCUGGAGAACUGCAUCUUCAGCUAUCUAACUGAUCUGGACCGUAUCUCAGACAACAACUAUCUGCCCACACAGCAAGAUGUUCUGAGGGUGCGAAUCCCCACCACCGGCAUCAUAGAGUACCCCUUCGACUUGUCAAGCAUCAUUUUCAGGAUGGUGGAUGUAGGGGGUCAAAGGUCAGAGAGGAGGAAGUGGAUCCACUGUUUUGAGAAUGUCACUUCCAUCAUGUUCCUGGUAGCCCUCAGCGAGUACGACCAAGUCCUGGUGGAGUCUGACAACGAGAACCGUAUGGAGGAGAGUAAGGCGUUGUUUAGGACCAUCAUCACCUACCCCUGGUUCCAGAACUCCUCAGUCAUCCUGUUCCUCAACAAGAAGGAUCUGCUGGAGGAGAAGAUCUCAUACUCCCACCUGGUCGAUUACUUCCCUGAGUUUGAUGGUCCCCAGCGAGAUGCCCAGGCGGGCCGGGAGUUUAUCCUGAAGAUGUUUGUGGACCUGAACCCGGAUAGCGACAAGAUCAUCUACUCCCACUUCACCUGCGCCACGGACACCGAGAACAUCCGCUUCGUCUUCGCUGCCGUCAAAGACACCAUCCUGCAGCUCAACCUCAAAGAAUACAACCUGGUCUGAGAGACUCUUGCACGCAAACACACACUCUUCCCAGUUGCACAGCUUAGCCUACACACACACACUUAUGAAGCUUACACACACCUACAAAUCUAGUUGAUCUUUCCCCCUCCUGCUUUUCACUCCAGCGAUUUAAGACCCCCUCUUCCUAUAUCUCUCCUCCCGUUCGCUCUCUCAUUCCUUCCCUAUUUUCUAUCCUUUUGCCAUAAGCCUGUCCUCUCCCUCGUUCUCAGCAGCUUGUCAGUCUCCUCUUCUCCACACACAUGCCAUGACUACGGGAGGGGACAAUUGUGUGUGUGUGUGUGUGUGUGUGUGUGUGUGUGUGGGGAAGAGGACCAGUGCGGUCAGUGAACUGUGGGUCUUUAACCCUUAAACCCUCAGUCAACUGACCUGAGAUCACAUCCUCUGAUUGGUGGAAGGAGUGACCCAACCGCACUCUAUAAGGGAGGGGCUAUAGACUGGGAGGGGGGUGGAGACGAUGAGGUAACCGAAGGAAGCCACCAGGACGCGAGCAGGAAGUGAUGUCACACAGAAGUGAGGGGGCAGACCAAAGAUUCUGUUUCGACCUUGCAUCGAUGAAUGUAUACUCUUAAGUGAGCAUCGCAAACGCAAAAAUAUAUAAUUAACUAUGUUAUAAAGUAAUUACGUAUGUAGACAAAUUACACUAAGACUGAAAGCACCAGAGGGAGAGGAAAAAGCAAAUCGAUUAAAUCUGUGUAUCGCUGAGCUUUUUUACAAGUAGUUUUUAAUAAUAGUAACUUGUUGCUAUGUCAACUUCUAUCCGACGACUAAGAAGUCGUUUGAAAAGUUAUAGAAGCGGUUAGCAAAACAAGAUCUUGUAUUUAAAAAAUUUGCAAAAUAGCCAAAAUAUCACAAAAACAAGAUGGUAAUCAGAAACGGACUAAUUUGAUCCUUUACAGAAGGUUGUGGUUGUUCAUGUUUAGGUUUGAUCACAUCGCUUCCCUCCUUCACUGGUUUACUGACUGAUAGAUCGAAACCUUCCGUUUGACAUCCGCAGUACCACGUUCUGUUUGAUACACGCCACAUUAAGAUUACCGAACAUCCGAUACUUGCUACUAUGUUCUGAUUGGACAGUCGCUGAGGGGGAGGGAGUCAUGUAUGGAUAUGAUGUCAUCACUGUACGGUACAUCAGUCUGUGAAAGAAUGACAUCACGUGUUAAGUCGCCCAGCGACCCAAUUAGAUGUGCUCUGGAGAUUCUGGGCAAUCCAUCCCCACAAAUGACACGGUGGCAUCCAUUAUCCAAGACACACAGGAAGCUUUAUGUUGUUUACCUUUUUUUUUUACUGUAUAGACACUUUUGUUUGUUGAUGAGAGGUGGUUGUUGAUUGGUGGGAGCAGGAGACGUAAGAUCCUGUCUCCCAGAUGGACAGGCAAGCAUACUCUGAAGUCAAAAAGUUAUUGUUUGUGUAUAUUUCUGUUUGUAAAUACAUGUACACAGAAACGCUCCUGUACAAAAACACUCUGUGGUACAGUACACCAUCUUUGGCAACAAAAAAAAAAUAGAAGAAAAUCCCAUUUUUUCCUUUUCAAUAGUGUACUGUUUUUGUUUUCCUAUGAAUUUACUAGUAUUUAUACUGUGAUUCUGGAUUUUUAAAAAAUGAUUAUAAGAGGACUACACACACAGAGGGCUGCAGUGAGAGGAAAGGAAGGGUCUCAGAACGGAGGUUCUAAACCAUCAGGAGCCUUCUAUUCUAGAACAUUCUAGAUCCACGCCUCUCUGCAGCUUCUCCCUACUAACACUAGAGCAGAUUAGUUAUUCACAAUAUGUUGACAAAAUACAUGAUAUUAAAAGAGUAACUAAAUAAAGUUUUAAUUUGUUUUAUUUUAAUUUAUCUAAUAAUUUAUGGAACCAGGUUUGAAGGUGUUGAUAAUUUGACUGCUUUUGUUUCUAUCAUGUUGAAAUGCGGUCGGGGCUAGACUUGAGUCUAAUCUGCUGUAACAAAACAGACGUCUACUAUAGUAUGUACUAAAUCUCUGCUUUCUUUUUUAUCUUAAGACAAUUCCAGAUGUACUUUGCCAUUCUAUCUAUAUCCAUGUUAAAUUCAAUGGUUUUCUUCUCACAUUAAGUCACUUUGUUUCGUUUCAUUGAUGAAAACUUGUAUUUCUCCUCUUGGGUUUCUAAUAGGCACAGCUCUGUAACUGCAUACAUAGGAAAUGUACCAUAUGAACGUAGGUGAAUUUUUAUAACCAGUGAUUGGAGACCAGUACGGUCUAUGCUUGCUCUGUCGUUGUAAUUUAAACACAGUUUGCGUUGUCGUUGGUUUGAGUUGUUUUAGUUCAAGUUCCAAGGCUUGCUUUGAUAGAACCAGUGACGUUGCAGAUCUACUUUUGAACCUCUUUCUACAGGCAACUUGUUCUUCAUUAUUCUCAUUAAGGGCUAUCGCCAUGAAUCAGACAGGCAGGCAGAUGGGGGAGAUAACUAGUAAAGGACAGGGCUCAAUUCGGUUUUCAAUUCAUGAGGUGACUGGAAAUUCAAUGAGUGAAUUCAAAAAAUCUUAGAAAGCGAUGGGCAGUAGAGGACAAGGGUCCACUGUUGCGUUCUGUCCUCAAGGGCUGCAGUCUUGCUGGUUUUUUUUCUGUUGCCUUCUAACCAAAAACGGAUUUCUAUCUGUGAAAUCAGGUGUUUGCAAUCUCCAGCCGAUUGGUAACAUUCAUUGAUCAAGUAAAUGCCGGGAAGAAAUGAAAGCCAGCAGGAAUGCGGACUUCGAAGCACUGGGUCGUGCACCCCUGGUUUUAGGUUCACAGUCAACUAAGCCAUUCACUCAAGAGUGUUUGUGGGGAUCAUUUUGUUCAACAAAGACCGUGUGUGAAUGCAGCUGUGGUGGGAUACAUGACCAACACUACCAUUCAUUUUUUUACUUUCUCUUUCUCUGGAUCAGACAAGCUUCCAGCUCCGAAUGAGGGAAUCUGUCAAGCCCCAAGUUCCCUACUUCACUGUUUGAUGUGUUAUCAAGGGUGUGAUCCUGGAUCAGCUUACCCUCCCUCAAUGCUAACCUUAAAGGCCCAGUGCAGUCAAAUGUGAAUUUCCUGUGUUUUGUAUAGAUUUCCACACUAAGGUUGGAAUAAUACUGUGAAAAUGGUGAUAAUGCUAUUUUAGUGUAAGAGCUGUUUGAAAAGACCACCUGAAAUUUCUGCCUGUUUUGGUGGGUUUGAGUUUUGGUUUGUCUGUUUGAUAUCACCAUGUGGUAAAUUAGUUAAUAAGCCAUUUUUAAAAAAACGUUUCAAACCUCUACCAAUAACAGCUAGUUUUCAGUUGUCCCCUCGCCAUUCAGACCACCACUUCCAGACAGUCCUAGCAAAAUUCAUGCUUGAGAAAUGACUCUUGCUAAGAAGCUGUUUUUUUGUUGUUGACUAUUUUGAGUAAAAACAAUCACAUUAUGGUACUUAAUUGUUACCCAGAAAUUACUUGAUUUUGAGGUAAAAAUGUCUGCAUUGGGCCUUUUAUCCAUUUAAGGGGGGGGGGGGGGGGGGGGAAUGCAAAACUGACCUUAGAUCAGUGUUAAAGGGAACUUUCCUUCUACUGUCCUACUGCUAGUUUUACCAUCCGGGGGUGUGCUUUGUGCCUGUUGAGGAGAUUUUGCACAUUGUCAUUAGACACUCCUGCAGUAGAGGCGGGGUGUUAAACCAGGUGUUAAAAUUAUAUUCCAAGUUAAAGCAUAGCUGCGCAACACACAGCUCUAGCACACCUGUGCAGACUUUUGUUCCAUACCAGCCCUAACACCCCAGUCAACUGAUUGAGAACUAAUCAUGGUCUUGAAUUUAGACCACAACUAGUUGAACCAAGUGUGUUAGUGUUGUACUGGAACUAAAGCCUGCACACUGCAGCCAGUAUUCGAGGAUAUUAUCCAAGUAUGACAUUCAGUAUUUCAUUCGGUGUUGACCUGCCCACAAACAAUGUGUUGAAUACAACUCACAUACCAAACAGACAAGCACUUAGGCUCCUGUACUGCCUCCACAAUGAAGGGUGAAAACAGUCCUAACUACAAUCAUCUGACUUGGUGAUUAAUCAGUUAUAUUUAUAGGAAACACUACUAAUCUCUUGUUUACCACUUCCUGUGGGUUAAUUGGUUGGCUCUCCUGAAGUGUCUGCACAUUAGGGCCCAGAGUUGUUCCUAGGCUGUAACUAGGACCCAGAGUUUUACCUGGUCAGAUUAACAUGGACAUGGUGCAUAUUGAGAACUUAGCUUGACUUCUUUCCUUUAAAUCUUUUUUGUAAGAUAAAAAAAAUAUUACCGGAACACUAUUGUAUUUAGGACCACUUGAUUUAUUUUUUAAUCUAAGGAAACCUGAGGGUUAAAUGUUUUAGUUGGUGUAUAAAAUAUACAAUGCUGUUUUUUUUUUUUGUAUGUAAACCAAAUGUAAAUGAUGUAUUAUACUGUGUGCCAACCCAACUCUCUCUAGAGCCAGGCUCUCUCUCUCUUAAGUGCCAACGCUGACAUCAUCAUCAGGGGACAGCCAUCUUGGAUGGUCCCAUUUUUAAGAACACCAGAGACCUAAACACCUGGCAUGUUUGACUACGCCACCCCUAACAAAAACUAUAAGUACACUUUUUUUAUUUUAAAUUGUGUAAUUAUACAAUUGCAUGUAUUUAGUGUUGGGAGGAGGUGAGGGCUCAGAAAAAUGUAUUGGCUGAUGCAGAGACCUUGAUGAAAGGGUGGAAUCGGUUAUUGAUUGAUCGGUUGGUUAUUAUGGAUUAUUGAUUUGCAUUACUCUCGCCAUAUUUCUUUUCUUUUUUUAAUGUGUUUUCAUGCAUUUGUUUCAACCACUGUUGCCUGAUCCUCAUUCAAACAUGAACAUGAUUUAUUACGAUCAUCGUCGCCUUCUAAGAGAGAACAUAAUGACAAGGUAUCUGUUUUAAAUUGAAAUAAAUUUGUUCGUAUACUUGCUGA